AUGCUUGAAGAGACCUCUCUACUGCUUGGUGGACAGCAGAAAAUCACGAGAUGGUCCUCAAUCUACUGGUUGUCCGCUGUCGUCUUCUGUCUGUCCGCUUCGGGGGCUUUGCUCAAUGUACCCCUAACACAACUCAUCGAGGACAACAUCUGCAGCCGAUAUGCUCAAGGCGCUCCAACCGAAGAGCUCUGCAAGUCUGAUAAAAUACAGUCCAAAUUGGCUUAUCUCAAUGGCUGUCUUCCCCUGGUGGAGGCCGUAGUUGGUCUUAUUGUGGCAUUUCCAUUUGGAGUUCUAGCUGACAGAGUCGGUCGGAAACCCAUUAUUGUUCUCUCAAUGAUUGGAACCUCCCUCACCUUGGCCUGGGAAUUAGCUGUAAUUGCUUUGCCUAGCAUCAUUCCAGUUCAGUUCAUCCUGGCUGGUCCAUUGUUUGCAGUCAUUGGUGGUGGAAAUACUGUGCUCAUCGCUAAUCUGUAUUCGAUCGCAUCGGAUUUGGUGGUUCAAUCAGACCGAGCAUCCGCAUUCUUCCUCAUGGCAUUCGCCAGUCUAGUUGGUGCCUCUGUUGGACCAGCUAUUUCAUCCAUUUUUAUGGAAACUUUUUCACCCUGGAUUUCAACCUUAAUCGCCUUCUUCACCAAUCUGGCCGCUCUAUUCCCCCUUUUCUUCGUGCCCGAGACGUUGUCACCAUCAAAGCUAGACUCCAACUCCGAGCAAGAUGCAGAGUCAGAAAGAGGGCCCUAUAGCUUCCGAUCACGCCCAUCUCAGUCCCUUCAACUCGGUGCUUCCAUCGCACCGCUGAUGUCUCCUUCCUUGAUUCUCGUCUUGGCAACUUUUCUCACAGCCGCACCCGAGGUCCUGGGUACUUCCCAGUUUUUGGCACAGUACAUUAGCAAGCGGUUUGGCUGGCCUCUCUCCAAAACGGGCUAUCUCUUGACCCUCCGUGGGGUCAUCCAUUUGGGAAUCUUGCUCUUUACACUUCCUCUACUCUCCAACAUACUUUUGCGAUACUACCGUGCACCUGUCAAGGACUUGAUUCUUGCCCGUGCCUCGGUUGCAAUUGCCGCUGUCGGAGCACUCUUCAUGGCUGGAUCACAGAUAGGGUUGGUGAUCACUGGGCUAGCGGUUCAUAGCCUGGGAUCAGGUCUGGCCCCGCUUUGUCGCUCACUAGCAACCAGCUAUGUGGCACCACAGGACACAUCCAAAUUGAAUACGGCCAUCGGUAUAGUUAUGACGACAGGGUCUUUGUUCGCUGGGCCUGCUCUCGCGUGGUUGUUUGAAAUUGGAAUGAAACUGGGAGGCACGGCGCUUGGACUACCAUAUUAUGGUCUAGCAGGAUCGUUCGUAUUGUGUCUGCUGGGCCUGAUAUUUGUUCAUCCCCCUGCCCAGGAAGAGGGGACCGAUGAAUCUUAG